AUGUCUAACAUCACCAAAAGAGAAUUUGCUGAGCCUGCCGUUGAUGGCAGCAACUACUUGACUUGGGCCUUGGAUGUUGAAAUCUACUUGGAUUUUUAUGAUUUAAGCAUCACUAUUGUUCUAGCUUCUCAGAGCACCUCUGCCCAGAAGGCAAAGACAUUGAUAUUUCUUCGUCAUCAUCUCAACAAAGACUUAAAAAAUGAGUACCUUACUGAAAAAGAUCCUGCUGUUCUAUGGAAAUCCCUGAAGGAUCGCCUGAAGCUCUGUAAGCAGAACAUUACAGAGGAUGAAUUGAUUGAAAAGACCCUCUCUACAUUCCAUGCAAGUAAUCUUAUACUCCAGCAGCAGUACAAGACUAAAAACUAUUCAGAACACUCUGAAUUGAUCUCUACGUUACUAGUUGCAGAGAAACACAACCAACUUCUGAUGCGCAACCAUAAUGCUAGACCAGUUGGUUCGCAAGUUGUGCCUGAAGCACACGCCGCAAAUCAGAGUAAUACUUAUGGGCGUGGACAUGGUAGAGGUUGUGGACGUGGUCGCGGGUCUUAUCGUGGUGGUAGGGGUAGGGGUCGUCGUAAUGCUAAUGGUCUUCAGGACCGUGACAAGGGUCAGAACAAGGAUAAAUCUCCUUCACACAAGCCUAACUCUCAUCAACAGGUUGCAAAUAACAAGCAAGCUUACUAUCGGUGUGGAUGUGAGGACCACUGGUCUCGCACAUGUCAUACAUUGAAAUAUUUGGUUGAUGCCUAUCAGAGAAUGCUGAAGGACUCAAAGGGGAAGGCAAAACAAGGUGAGAAACAUCAUGCCAGUUUGCCUGAAGCAAACAUGACCCUAAAAGAUGACAAUUAUGAUGAUAACCUAUUGAAGAUGGGAGAUAUGAAUCUGGAUGAUGAUGACUUAUUGAAGAUGGAGCUUGAUGAUUUUGGUGACCAUGAGUGA